AGCAUGGGUAUAACUUAAAAAUUCAAUAACCUGAGACAUAGCUUAGAAAAACCCUUAUUUUUUUUUUUUAAGAAUUUACCUGUGUUUCUUAAUAUGGGUUUUUGAAACACAAUACAAAAUUUGAAACAUUGCUCCUACUACAUCUUAUACAACCGUUUGAAUGUUUAAUAUCCACUCACAAAGUCACAAAAGGUCAAACCCCACUUAAAGGGCAUUCUAGUAAUUUCACUUCCCUCCGAUUGCCGUUGCCAAACCGUUUAAACGUCGCCGUCGUUUCUCUCUCUUCCCCCAUUAUUUUACCCCUAAUUCUUUUCAAAUCGAAACCCUAAUUCUUCGGCAAAUCGAAGUUUCAGACAUCCAAAAAUUAAUCAAAUUUCUUCAGAGGAGAGAGGAAAUGGUGGAAACCACAUUGUCGGGAUUACAAGAUCAUCUGAAAUUGGCCAGAGAAUAUGCAGUUGAAGGGCUUUAUGAUACUGCUGUUAUCUUCUUCGAUGGCGCCAUUGCUCAAAUCAACAAGCACUUAAACACUCUUGACGAUCCUAUGACUCGUUCUAAGUGGAUGAAUGUAAAGAAAGCUGUCAUGGAGGAAACUGAAGUUGUAAAACAGUUAGAUGCGGAGAGAAGGUCUUUCAAGGAUACUCCUGUGAGUCGACGCCCUACUUCACCACCAAUUUCUACCAAGUCAUCUUUUGUCUUCCAACCAUUGGAUGAGUACCCUACUUCUUCUUCUGGUCCAAUGGAUGAUCCUGAUGUUUGGAGGCCACCAAGUCGUGAUACGAAUCGAAGGCCUACAAGGUCAGGUCCAGCAGGCACAAGAAAGUCGGCUCAAGAUGGGGCUUGGGCUCGUGGGGGUCCAACAAAACCUGGUACAACUGGCCGGGGAGCAAAAGCAACUGGUUCUGCAAAGUCUGGGGCCUCUGGUCCUGGAGCUCGUUCAUCUGCUAAUGGAAAAAAGGCUGGAUCUGGGAAAUCCAGCAAGGGGGAUGCAGCGGGUGCUGAUUCUGAAGACGGAAAAUCAAAAAGGGGGCUAUACGAGGGCCCUGAUGAAGAUUUGGCUGCUAUGCUUGAAAGGGAUGUCUUGGAUUCUACCCCUGGAGUAAGAUGGGAAGAUGUAGCAGGGUUAACUGAGGCAAAGAGACUACUCGAGGAAGCUGUUGUUCUUCCUUUAUGGAUGCCCGAGUAUUUCCAGGGAAUCAGAAGACCCUGGAAAGGGGUACUGAUGUUUGGACCUCCUGGUACGGGAAAGACACUUUUGGCUAAAGCUGUUGCCACUGAGUGUGGGACAACGUUUUUCAAUGUCUCUUCUGCAACCUUGGCUUCAAAAUGGCGUGGAGAAAGUGAGCGUAUGGUUCGCUGCUUGUUUGAUCUUGCUAGAGCUUAUGCUCCAAGCACAAUCUUUAUUGACGAGAUUGAUUCCCUCUGCAAUGCUCGAGGGGCUUCAGGAGAGCAUGAAUCAUCUAGAAGAGUUAAGUCUGAGUUGCUUGUUCAAGUUGACGGUGUAAAUGUUAGCUCUUCUGGUGAAGACCGUAAGAUAGUCAUGGUUCUGGCAGCCACAAAUUUUCCAUGGGAUAUCGAUGAGGCACUAAGGAGGAGAUUGGAAAAGCGUAUUUAUAUUCCACUUCCAAAUUUUGAAAGCCGAAAAGAGCUUAUAAAGAUUAAUUUGAGAACUGUUGAGAUGGCUGCUGAUGUGGAUGUUGAUGAAGUGGCUCGGCGAACAGAGGGAUACAGUGGAGAUGAUCUGACAAAUGUUUGUAGGGAUGCAUCCUUGAAUGGCAUGAGGCGUAAAAUAGCAGGCAAGACUAGAGAUGAGAUAAAAAAUAUGGCUAAAGAUGACAUCUCAAAUGACCCUGUUGCAAUGUGUGAUUUUGAAGAAGCAUUGAGGAAAGUUCAACCCAGUGUCUCUGCUACUGAUAUUGAGCGCCAUGAAAAAUGGUUACAUGAAUUUGGAUCAGCUUAGAAGAAUUGCUCUCAAAGUUCAGCAAUUACUGGUCUUUUAUUCACAAUUCUUUCGUCCAUCUGUUGGGGUGGGUUCAUCGUUGCACUCCUCUGCUGCUAGUGUGAAAAAUGGUCUGUUUUCCUUGUAUCUGUAUCUCAUGUACCAUAAGUCAUGUAUUUUCUGCCGACCAAAAUGUCUGUAAAUCCAAAAUUGUGAUUAGUUGGUGAGGGGAUGCCAGCCAUUGUGUGACCUGCAAGCAUUUUUGCCUGCUUGCUUCUUCUGUUGUUAUGUUUCCUUGAUCUGUUGUGGGUGACAAAGAUUAGUGAGAGUUCAAAUUUUAUCAAUCAGGUUAACCCUUUGUGGGUAUUUCGCGCCCAGUUUUAAUUUUUCUGCUGCUGGGGUGCUCUUGGAUCCUGGUAUAUCUGUAUAAAUAUGGGCAGUGGGAUCAGAGGCGCAAAAGCUAAGAUUUCAUGUAAAUUGCUAUGAUUUGUAGUGGUGAGUGAACAAUGAUAUCGAUCUUCCAAAAAAAGAAAAGAACAUUUGUAGUGUGGUAAGUUAAUCCCACCAUUUGAUUAUUCAUGAAUAAUUUGAACGCAGUAGUGAUAUUUCUCUC